GAAACUCACGUUGAAUCUCCUCAGUGGACUCACAUUGAGUCUCCUCAGAAAACUCACAUUGAGUCUCCUCAGAAAACUAACAUUGAGUCUCCUCAGGAAACUCACGUUGAGUCUACUCAGGAAACUCACGUUGAGUCUCCUCAGGAAACUCACAUUGAGUCUCCUCAGGAAACUCACGAAACUCACAACGAGUCUCCUCAGAAAACUCACAUCGAGUCUCCUCAGGAAACUCACAUCGAGUCUUCUCAGGAAACUCACAUUGAGUCUCCUCAAGAAACUCACAAUGAGUCUCCUCAGGAAACUCACGAUGAGUCUCCUCAAGAAACUCACGAUGAGUCUCCUCAGGAAAAUCACGAUGAGUCUCCUCAGGAAACUCUCGUUGAGUCUCCUCAGGAAACUCACGAAACUCACAUUGAGUCUCCUCAGGAAACUCACUUUGAGUCUCUUCAGGAAACUCACGUUGAGUCUCCUCAGGAAAUUCACGUUGAGUCUCCUCAGGAAAUUUACGUUGAGUCUUCUCAGGGAACUCACAUUGAGUCUCCUCAGGAAACUCAUAUUGGGUCUCCUGAGGAAACUCACGUUGAGUCUCCUCAGGAAACUCACUUUGAGUCUCCUCAAGAAACUCACUUUGAGUCUCUUCAGGAAACUCAAGUUAAGUCUCCUCAGGAAGCUCACUUUGAGUCUCCUCAGGAAGUUCACUUUGAGUCUCCUCAGGAAACUCACUUUGAGUCUCCUAAGGAAACUCACGUCUCAUCAGGAAACUCAUGUCCAGUCUCAUCAGGAAACUCACGUUGA